AUGUCAGCUGAUCAACUUACAAUUGAUCAUCUUGCACAAUCAAAAUUUCUUCGACAUUUACAAUCAACAGAUGUGCAUCAUCAUAAUCCAUCACAAUCAUCUAAUGAAAUAGAAUCGCACUCUUCUAUGGUGAAUCCUUGUCAUGAUACAUCUUAUUCAACAUCUUCAACAUCGUCCAUGUCAUUUAGUACCACUGACAGAAGUCACAGUCCAUCGAGUAAUGAAUCAAAAAGUCGUCCUCAUAGUCCAAAAACAGCCGAUGAACAAUUACGGUUAAUUGUACGAUCGAGACGAAAACGUGAUUUUAUACCAAAUGAAAAAAAAGAUACUAAUUAUUGGAGUCAACGUCUAAAAAAUAAUAUGUCAGCAAAAAAAUCACGUGAAAAACGUCGCGUAAAUGAUUUAGUAUUAGAAACAAAGUUAUUAGAAUUGAAUAAUGAAAAUCAAUUAUUAAAAGCAAAAUUAGAUAUGUUAACGAAAAAAUUUGGAAUUACCGAUAAUGUAGAAGAAGAACAAAAAAUGCCACAAAUAUUAAAUAUAUUAGAAAAUGAAUCUUCGACAUCUUAUAAUUAUCGUUCACCACCACCAUCAAAUUGUACGAAUGAAUCAAGUGAAGUGCAUAGUCAUUCAGAUGAUGAUCAUGAUUUAUUACUUUCUACCGAAAAAAUAUCAACACCACAAAUUGAUCAACAUUCAUUUCCGUUAAAAUGGAGGUUUAAAAUGUUAAAUAUGACACAUAACGAAUAA